AUAUUGUUUUUCACUAGACUAUACAGCAGUUCUUACCAAAGAUGUUGGAACGUAAGAAAGGUCACAUUGUGGCUGUAUCAUCAGCAGCAGGCAUCAUUGGUGCACCUUAUAUGGCUGACUACACAGCUUCCAAGCAUGGCGUUCUAGGACUGAUGUCGUCCCUGAGGGAAGAGCUACAUGCAUUGGACAAAAAACACUGCAUACGUCUUACGACCAUCUGUCCGGUGACCUUUGACAGCGGUUUCGUUAAACGACCUUAUAGCAGGUUUCCUACCAUAUUACCUGUUCUUACCAUAAAGGAAGUGGCUCAAGGUGCAUUAGAUGGAAUCUUACGAGAAAAAAGUGUUGUAACAUUACCAUGCUGGGUUGGAUAUUUCUUUAGUUGGUUCAGGAUAUUUCCAGACAGCGUGUUCUUGGCUUUUCAACGAUUUUUAAAACACCAUCCCUUGCCACCAAUCAAAACUAAUUGAUGAAAACAUAAUUGUCCAGUGUAUGUGUGUGCCAUCUAUCGGCAGCUUUCUGAAAACAUAUUUCUUUUGUGUGUGUGUGUCUCCAUGGUUUCCCACUAUAUUGCCUGUUCUAACCAUUACCACUUCUAGACUUACUGAUUGCACUUGAAUAGAGUUCAUCGUGGUGUUAGUUCGACAUUUAUAUCAGCAGUAACGUGUACACUAACCUCUCCGGUUCAGUUCCCAAGGCUGAAAACCAUUAGUUUAUUCUGUUUGUGUUCAGUUAGUACUUUCCAAUUUACCGACAUUACAAUUAAAAGUAGUUAUUCGAUAAUUUACAGUGCUUUAUUUUUCAAACAAUACCACUACAUUGUGUUGGUUUUGGCGAACAAUAUAUAUAUACAUUUGUCGUACAAUUGUAAAGGGAAACCAUUUUAAAAA